AUGAGAGGUUUCACACUGUUUUUCAUGGCUUUUAUCCCCAUUUUUGCACCUACUGGGAUUACCUUUUGUGAAGGCAAUCGCAUGGUUGUCUGCAUUGAGAGUGAGAGACAAGCUCUUUUAAACUUCAAACAAGACAUCAUUGAUCGUUCAAACAGGCUAUCUUCAUGGUCUAAAAAUGGUGAAGAUUGUUGCAAAUGGCUUGGAGUUUACUGCGAUAACAUCACAGGCCAUGUUUACAAAUUGGAUUUGAAGCCUCCUUCAAGCCCUCCUGUUUAUGCGUCAGAUGCUGAAUUUGGUGUUUAUUGGAGAUCAAUCCUGAGAGGUAAAAUAAACCCUUCAUUGCUUUCAUUGAACCAUCUGGUUCAUCUUGAUCUUAGCCAUAACAACUUUGGUGGCACCCUGAUUCCUAGUUUCCUUGGUUCAUUGGAGAGUUUAACUUUUCUUGACCUGUCUGAUGCUCAUUUUGGCGGAGUCAUUCCUCACCAGCUUGGGAAUCUCUCAAAACUGCAGCAUCUUAACCUUGGAGGUAACAGUAACAAGUUGUUUGAAGCUAAGAACCUUCAAUGGCUUUCUGGUUUUUCAUCAUUGGAGUUUCUUGAUUUGAGUCAAGUGGACCUUAGUAAAGCCAUUGACUGGCUUCAGGUAACCAGUAAACUUCCUUCUUUAAAAGAGUUACAUUUGUCAGCGUGUUCUCUUGACAAUGACCCUUCAUCAACAAUGAUUAAUUAUUCAUCACUUUCAGUUCUUGAUCUUUCAAACAACUAUUUAUCCCCUUCGGUACCUGUUUGGAUUUUCAGUCUUCAUAGCCUUGUUUCCAUUGAUCUUAGUGGAAAUGCCUUUGAAGGUGUGAUUCCCAGCAGUUUUCAGAACAUUUCAUCUCUCAAAUCUCUUGAUCUUUCCACAAACUCUUUCAAUUCAUCAUUGCCUGUUUGGUUGUUCAGUUUGAACCAUCUUGAAUUCCUCAGCCUUUCCAGUAACCUUCUUCAAGGAAAAAUCCCAGAUUCCAUUGGAAACUUGAGUUCCAUCAAAACACUUGAUUUGUCAGCAAAUCAGCUUGAAGGAACACUGCCAAUUUCCUUAGAAAAUCUUUCCAAUUUGAGGAAGCUUGAUUUUUCAAACAACAAGCUUCGUCAGGAUAUAUCAGAAACCUUAAAGAUCUUGUUUAUAUGCUGUUCAGAUAAAUUGGAAUCUUUGAAUCUGGCAAAUAACAAUCUUUCAGGCCAUUUGACUGAUCAACUUGGACACUUUAAAAGCCUUUCUUAUCUCAUUCUUUCUCAGAAUUCCAUUUCUGGGCUCAUUCCAGUCUCUCUAGGGAACCUUUCAUCUCUACAAUAUAUUGAUGUUUCAGACAAUCAAUUAGAUGGAAAUCUUCCUGAACAUCUUGAAAAUCCCAUGAAUCUGGAAUAUAUGAAUAUUGCUUAUAAUCUGUUGGAAGGGGCAGUGUCAGAAGGGUUCUUUUCUAGUCUCAAAAGACUCAGAGUUUUCAAGGCAUCUCAAAACAAGUUGAAGUUUGAAGCAAACUCAAACUGGAUUCCUCCAUUUCAGUGUCAAACUAUUGAACUGAGUUACUGGUUCCUUGGCCCCAAAUUCCCAACAUGGAUUCAGUUUCAGAAGGAUUUGUCUACUUUAGACAUAUCCAGUGCAGGGAUUGCAGAUGUUGUCCCCUCUUGGUUUUGGAACUUCACUUCCAAAAUGGUGUCCCUCAACAUUUCCCAUAAUCAACUUGAAGGUGAAAUCCCAUUUUUGUCAGUUCAUAAACUAGUGGAUUUGAGAUCAAACAGGUUCUCAGGUCCUUUGCCAAGGAUUCUCCCUGAUGUGGCAACAUUGUUUUUCUCAAACAACUCAUUUUCAGGCUCACUUUCAAGCUUUUUGUGUAAUUACAAGUUGGGUGAGCCAAAGCUGUUUCUUCUCCAGCUUGAAACAAAUCUUCUCUCAGGUGAAAUCCCAGAUUGUUGGCUGCCAUGGCAAAGCAUUCGAGUCCUAAAUAUGGGAAACAACAAUCUGACAGGAAAAAUCCCAGAUUCUUUAGGAUAUUUGGGUUUCAUGUUUCUGAACCUUAGAAACAAUAAGUUGACUGGUGAGCUUCCAUUGACUUUGCAGAACAACAGUGACUUGUUCAUGCUUGAUAUUGGUGAAAACCAGUUCAAUGGAUACAUCCCAAAAUGGAUUGGCAAAACUUUUCCAAAUCUUGUGAUUCUAAGUCUUCGUUCAAACUCUUUCAAUGGCCAUAUCCCUGACGAACUUUGUGAGCUUAGUUCACUACAAAUCUUGGACCUUGGUGUGAACAAUCUGUCAGGGGAAAUACCAACAUGUUUCCAGAAUUUAACUGCAAUGGCUACCAAGCCAAAUGACACUGAUGCAGUCAUUGAUUACUUCGUUGAUGGGGAGUUCAUAAGGAAUGAAUUACUGGUAAUGAAAGGGAGAGUCCGUGAAUAUAGCACCAUACUUUCACUGGUUACCACCAUGGAUCUUUCAAACAACAAUCUCAUUGGGAACAUUCCCAAAGAACUAACCAAUCUAGCAGGCUUACAAUCAUUGAAUCUAUCAGGGAAUUCCUUGAGAGGAAACAUUCCAUUUCAUAUUGGCGACAUUAAGAUGUUAGAAUCUCUCGAUGUUUCAAGGAACCAUUUGUCUGGUUCAAUCCCAGAAAGCUUGUCCAACUUGAAUUUCUUGAGUCAUUUGAACUUAUCGUACAACGAUUUGAGAGGAAGAAUCCCAUCAAGCACUCAACUUCAAAGCUUUGACAAGUUUUCUUACAUCGGGAAUCAACUCUGUGGGCCUCCAAUCAAUGAAAAUUGCAGCAAGAAAGCUGAAACACCACAGAAUGUUGUUAAUGGAAGCCAUGGAAAUGAAGAAAGUGAAGGAUGGUUGGAAAAGUAUAUGAUUUAUGUAAGUGUUGCAGUGGGAUUUUUGGUGGGUUUUUGGGGCGUAUUAGGGCCGUUGUUUCUUAGUGAAUCAUGGGCGUUGGCUUACUUUGCAACGGUGGAAGCCAUUGGAGGCAAGCUUUCUUCCUGGAGGACUUAG